GGAACCUGCGCUGAGAUAUGAUGCUUCGCAAACUCAAUCGAAACGAUGACGUUUUUAUGAUUAAACUCAACCGCCAUAGAAGCAUAUGUAGUGGUCCUUAAUAUUCUUUAAAAUAAUUAAAAUGCCAACAGCCAUAGUCACCGGCGCCACCGGCAUCACCGGCAACGCCAUCGUGCAGCAUCUGCUCCAAGACCCCUCCUACACAAAGAUCUACACGCUCUCCCGGCGUCAGCCAGGCCUCCAAGAUCCGCGCAUCCAGCACGCCCAGCUCGACCUGCAAGCAUCCGCCACGGACAUGGCCCAGGCCCUGCAGGGCAUAUCAGCGGAUUACGUCUUUUUCAGCGCGUACCUCGCGCGUUCCGACGAAGGUGAAGCCGCGCGUGUCAACAGCACUCUGCUGUCUAACUUCAUCGAGGCCCUCGAAACCACGGGUGCAAUCAAGGAGCUCAAACGGCUGAUCCUGACCUGCGGCUUCAAGCACUACGGCGUCCAUCUGGGUCUGCCGAAGCAGCCGCUGCUGGAGUCCGACCCGCGGUUGGAGAACGGAGCAGGCGGCCGCGCCUGGCCGCCUAACUUCUACUACGCGCAGCAAGACAUCCUCGAAAAGGCAUCCCGGCGCGGAGGCUGGGAGUGGAUCUGCACGCUGCCGAAUGACGUGAUCGGCUACGCGAAGAACAACUUCAUGAACGAGGCGACUGCGCUGGGCCUGUACUGCGCCGCUAGCAAGGCCCUGCCGGGCUCCAAGCUGAUCUACCCGGGGAACCGAACCAACUACUUCGCUUACAACUGCUGGACGUCGGCUGAGACGCACGCGCGGUUUUGCCUGUGGGCUGCUACGGCGCCGGGGGCUGGGAACAAUAUCUUCAACGUCACUAACGGUGAUACCGAGUCGUUCCAAAGGCUGUGGCCGCGUCUCGCUGCGCGGUUUGGCUGCACAGUUCCGGAGAAUAUGUUCGGCCCUGGGGGCCAGCAGGCAGAUAGCUCGUGCGCGACGGAGACGCAGUUGCCAAACAGUCAUCCGAUCUGCGUGCACGCGCGCGAACUGGGGAUCCCCGAGGACGACGCAUUGAGCACGCAGCGACCGGUGCUGCGACUGCCGGUUGACCCGCAGAAGUGGGCCCAACGCCAGGACGUCCAGGAGGCAUGGACACAGCUGCGUGACAAGUAUAACCUGGAUCAGAAGGCAUGGGACGGCGCGACGUGGGACUUCUUGACGUUUGUGCUGGGACGCGAAUGGGGGUGUGUGGGGAACAUGAGCAAGGCUAGAGCACUGGGGUGGUCGGGGUAUGAGGAUACGUGGGAGGCCUUUGAGAGGACGUUCGAGACGCUAGAGAGAGAAGGAAUUUUGCCACCUGCAGAGAGAUUGCGGAGCGGUUGAUCUGGGUUUGCGGAUCGAGGGGCGUGCGAGAUGGGCUCAAUUGGUUUGUACUAGGGUUGUUUGUCGAAGUAGGCUAUCAUUCGUAAUAUAUGAUGAUAUCUCAGUGAAAGGGAAGACAAAGCUCGAAUCUUACAUAUCAAGCUGAGCUUGCAUGGAAUCGGAUGAUCAGCGGAUGUUCUGAUAGACACGACCAGCGUCGCGCAGCCUUUAGCGGUGAAUACACCUCCAUCCAUUGGUCACUAUCCACCGCAUAGUAGGACGCUUGCAGCUGGUGCUGAUAAGUGUAGGUGAGCUCCGGUGGGAUGCGUGAGUUGGCAGGAUGAUGCGCCUGAGAUGGAGAAGGUCUGGACCAGCAAGCAAAGUUUGGUUGAUUUACUUGGCAACCAAUAAAGGGCACACACCACGUGACUGCGGAAGGUUAUGCUCGGUUUUCU